GUAACAGGUAAACACCGGACACGAUCCUUCCUUGCGGAGGGAGGCAUUCGUCUCUCUUUAGAUAGGCUCCAUUUUAAAACUACAAGAUGAGCAGCAAAAUUUUGAACUUCAAUGUUGGUGUACUGGGACAUGUCGACAGUGGCAAAACAUCAUUAGCCAAAGCCCUUAGUACAGUAGCCAGCACUGCCUGCUUUGACAAGAACCCGCAGUCGAAGGAGAGAGGAAUUACCAUUGAUCUUGGGUUCAGCUCAUUUCUCGUUGAUGCCUCAGAGAGCAUUAGAGAUGCCGGCUACGAAAAGACUCAGUUCACAUUGGUUGACUGUCCUGGUCAUGCAUCUCUCAUCAGGACCAUUAUUGGUGGGGCACAGAUUAUUGAUGCAAUGAUGUUGGUUGUGGAUGUCACGAAAGGCAUGCAGACUCAAACAGCAGAAUGCCUUGUUAUUGGUGAGAUUUUAUGCAAUCACUUGCUUGUUGUAUUAAAUAAAGUUGAUUUAUUACCUGCAGAAAAACAGAAGGCUGGCAUUGAGAAGAUGACAAAGAAAAUCUUGCUUACUCUCCAGCAGACUAAAUUUGCCAAUGCUAAAGUGAUUGCAGUAGCAGCAAAGCCUGGUGGGCCAGAAGCACCUGAUGUAGAACCGGUUGGUGUAAAGGAACUUAUUGAAUCACUAACAGCAUUUUCAUAUGUUCCCAAGAGAGAUGCAGAUGGACCUUUUAUUUUUGCAGUAGACCACUGUUUUAGCAUAAGAGGCCAAGGAACAGUCCUCACUGGUACAGUACUUCAAGGAGCUGUUGCCAUAAAUGAUAAUAUUGAAAUUCCAAGUCUCAAGAUUACGAAAAAGGUUAAAUCAAUGCAGAUGUUCAGAAAACCUGUUGAGAAAGCAAUACAAGGAGACAGAGUUGGAAUAUGCGUGACACAGUUUGACCCAAAACAGCUAGAGAGAGGGGUAGUUGGUACACCAGGGCUCAUUCAAACUGCAUAUGGUGUUCUUGCUGAAGUAGAGAAAAUCAAUUAUUAUAAACUUUCCAUUGAGACAAAAGCUAAGUUUCACAUUAGUAUUGGUCAUGAGACAGUUUUGGCUAAAGUUUCAUUCUUUGGAACUGAAGAUAAACUUGAAACAAAAGAUGGAUUUUUGUAUGACCUUAAUUACAAACAUCAAAGUGAGUUAAUACCUCUAAAAUCUCUAGAUCAGGAAGCUACUUACAGACCGCAGCAUCAAUUUGCUGUCAUAGAGUUUGAGAGGCCAAUUCAAAUAACACCUAAUUCAAUGCUAAUUGGUUCUAAGCUGGACUUGGACGUCAACACAAAGCUAUGUCGGCUUGCUUUCAAAGGGAAACCCCUUGAAAUCUUCACCGACAAGAACUAUCAUGACACCCAACUUGAAAAAGUAAAAGUGUACAAAAACAAAAGCAAAGAGGGUAUUGUAGAGAGAAUGACAAAUGAGUAUGAAGUCAUUGUCAAAAAUCUGUUGAAGAAAGACACAAAUAGCCAGCUGUUCAUUGGUCUUAAGGUAAAGUUCUCGACUGGGGAAGAUGGUGUGAUUGAAGGGACUUUUGGACAGGGUGGUAAGAUAAAGGUCAGAGUGACUGAUGGUUUGCAAGAUAAAACUAAAGAUGCAUUAAAGAAACUAUCAGGUGGAAAGAAAAAAGGAAAAGGGGCCCAAGAAAACCAGAAUCCAAGUGAAAAUGUAGAACCAGUGAGAGUUGUUCUCAAUUUUAAAAAGUAUAUUUAUAGUAAUACAAAGAAGAUUGUUCAGACGUGAAAUUUAUAUGUCUCAUGCAGCACAGUAUAUUUGUAUAUUUUUGUCAACUAUAAUAAAUGUUUGUCUUGACCUUCCUACAAAGAAGCAACAGUUCCUUAUAUGAUGUAAGCUAUCAGAGAAAUACAUUUGAUUAAUUUUGAAUGGUGAAAGGUGCUCAGUAAAAGAAGUUGGGUAUCACGAUUCAUGAUAUAUAAGAAUUUUGUAAUAAAAAUUAUUACUUGGAAGAUGUAAUUAAAUUUUUUGUCUAUAUAAUUUUUUGGAUUCGUUUUUAUGUGAAUUUGUUAUGGUGUACUGAUUAUACUUUUUACUUUUUAUAAUGAGUAUAUAAAUGAUAGACUUUCUCAACAAUUAUGAAAUAUUUAGAUUUUUCCAGUUACUUUUGCCUUUAUGUACCCUGGAAAUUAAACAAAACAGUAAGGAGGGCACAGUCCAUUAAUUCAGAAAGAAAAUUAUAGAUGUUUGGCCUUUUUUUUUGUAGAAUUAUCAAUUGUUUAAUUAAAAAGUGGUUUAAACCCUUAUUGAACUUGUCUACUUUUCUGCAUGUUGCAGAUUUCUAUUAGCAUGUGGAUUAAUUGGGCUCUCGUCCUUACUGCCAAGGAUCAGAUGUAUGAUGACAGAUUUUGUACUGUGGUCCUUUAUUAAAUGGCUUAUAGUUUGCACU